CAAUUGUUUCAUGUGGCUUGAGAAUGAACUGCAUGAAUACCUAUCUGACAUACAUAUAGGUAAGUCCACAUGAUUCGUUCAAACACUUGUCGCACUGCUCGUGUGCGAACCAGCAUUUACCGCAAGUGGAAAACCGCCAUCAAUUACACAGCUGGAAGUUAUAAGACUAGGCGAUUAACUCCCAGUGGUCAUGCCAGUCCUGGUUAGCCGAAGUGGACACACUUGUUAACCAUUACCCUCGGUAUAUAAGCCGCGUUGCCCGUCCGGUCAGCAUCAUCGUCUGCACAUUAGCAGACGGCAUCACCACCUCAGGAUGAAGCUGUUCGUGGCUGCCGCUCUCCUGGCCCUGGUGGCAUCCGUGCCACUCGACUCCCAGGUCGAGGACCAGGAUGAGCUCGAGAUGCACGAGGUCUGGGGCUCCUCCUACAAGGAGGUCCAGGAGAAGAUGGGCCUAAACAACGGCGCCUCGCUCUCCCGCUCCGGUCAGGUGUUGGACUCGGUCUUCUGGAAGAGCAUCGCCCAGGAGAUCAUCCAGACCAAGCUGAACGACAAGGUGUACCACCACCAGGCCAAGAACGCCAUCCUGUUCAUCGGUGACGGUAUGUCGAUCCACACCCUUGCUGCCGCCAGGAAGCAGAAGGGCCUGCUGCACGGAGCUGAUAUUCCCGAGCACACCAUGCUGUCGUGGGAGAAAUUCCCGUACACUGGUCUCUCCAAGACGUACAACUGCGAUCGCUGGACGGCCGACUCCGCCUCCACGGCCACCGCCUACCUGACCGGCGCCAAGGGCAACUUCCUCACGGUCGGCGUCGACUGCUCCGUCCUCAUCUGGAACUGUGAUGCCGUGAACGAGGCCUCCUCGCCCAAGUCGAUCCUCCGCUACGGAGUGGAGGCCGGUAAGUGGGUUGGUCUGGUGUCCACCGCCCGUAUCACGCACGCCUCUCCCGCUGCCACCUUCGGCCACACUGCUUACCGUACCUGGGAGUCGGAUGCCGACUUCGUCGCCAUGGAAUGGAUGACUGGACCCGUCAAGGAAUCGUGCAAGAACGUCAUGAAGGAUCUGUCUACCCAGUUCGUCGAGCGUGAAGGUAUCGACAUCAACGUCGCCUUCGGUGGCGGCUGGGGCAAGUUCACGCCGAAGGAGGUCGAGGGUGGCUCCCGUCUGGACGGUCGUGACCUGAUCCAGGAGUGGAAGGACAAGCAGGCCUCCCUGGGACGCAGCUACGCCUACCUCACCACCAAGGAUGAGCUGAACAACUUUGACGCCACCUCUGCCGACUACGUGCUGGGUCUGUUCAGCCGCAGCCACAUGCAGUACCGCGCUUUCCAGACUCCCGACGACGUCAACCUGACGGAGAUGGUGAAGAAGGCUCUGGAGAUCCUGAAGCGCGGACCGAACGGCUUCGUGCUGUUCGUGGAGGGCGCCAAGAUCGACCACGGCCACCACUACGGCAACGCGUACACGGCCAUCGACGAGACCAUCGAACUGGAGGAGGUCGUCCAGUACGCUGUGGACAACACCGACGAGUCGGACACCCUCAUCGUCGUCUCCUCCGAUCACGCUCACACCUUCAAGAUCAACGGCUACCCGGAGCGCGGCCUGGACAUGUACGGACCCGCCUCGUUCCUGGCCGGCGGUAUGCAGAAGGGCGGUCCGCCGCCCAGCCUGCCGUACCCGAUCCUGCAGUACGCCAACGGUCCGGGCGGCACCCGCACCAAGGAGGAGCAGGACGCCAAGCGCGCCGCCCUCACAGAGACCGGGCCCGACGCCGAGUGGCGCGACCCGCACUACAAACAGUUCGCCGGCAUCUACCUGCCCAAGGAGACCCACGGCGGAGAUGACGUGGGCAUCUUCGCGCGCGGUCCGGGCGCCCACCUGCUGCGUGGCAGCCUGGAGGAGAAUUACAUCCACCACGUCAUCAACUGGGCCCUCUGCCAGGGAGACUACCUCACCGUCUGCGACGAGUAGAACGGAACGGUGAUCGGAAAUGUAUUUAAACUCAAUUAUCGGUUUUUGACUGUGGCACCUGCUCUGUUUGUAGUGAAUGAUGCAAUAGAUGAAAAUAGAAGAUCUGCAGCAAAU